UCAUUCACACGCACUUCCACACAUCCAGAGGUUGACAGAAGGAGGAAAUAUGUCGUGCAUGUUCCGUAUUACUUAAUGAGGUCCAUAUUUGUGCGAGGUGCUCCAGUGAUCGGGUUGCAUGUUGCGCAUCACUUGCCGGUCCUGGCUCGCCUCAUGGCCGCUGAUUGAACGCGUGUCAUGACUUGCGCCCUCGGGGACGGCACACUUGCAAGCAAAAGACAGCAGCACUCGGAACCAAAACCCUAUUUUUGCUUUUAUUUUGUUUUGACCCCCCGUCCCCUCCAACAUUGUGUGAGGAGAACCCCCCUCACUUAAGAAUGGGACCUCAAUGGACAUAAAAGACAAAGGUGUUUCUGCACCCUGAACUGGACUCACUCAGAGUAGAUUUGUUUGUGAAAGAGGAUAAUGGUGAAGAUAUUUCUGUGAAGGGCCGAGUACAAGCCCAGAGGUAAUAGCCAGAGGUGACGCCAUGGUAAUCGCUGAUGGAAACGCAGGCAGCGCCAUGUCCAAGAAGGAGCCAGCCAAGCAAAAAAAGCGGCGAGCGUCUCGUCCCCACAGCCUGCCCUCCCCGGCCCUAUGCUGCGCCUGCGGCCUGUGCAUCAUGCUGGCCGGACUCAACAUCACCUUGGUGGGCGUGUUCGCUUUCCGGACCCUGAUGCCUUCUGCCAACCCUUCCAUCGUCAUCGGACCCAUCCUGCUGCUCGUGGCCGUCUGCUUUUUCGGGGCCUGUUGCGUGUGCAGUCGCCUCCCUCCUCCUCACAGCUCGCGGGGGGGCAAGACGGGCGGGCGGGGCAUCAACCUGAUCGGGAACGGCGGGCUGGCGGGCGGGGCGGCCUUCGAGAUAGAGACCAGCGAGCACACGCUGCAGGACACCACGGCCGUGCAGCUCAGCCCCACAUCCUCGCCCGCGUCGUCCCGAGGAUCCAGUCCCGACAAAGAGGCUCCGGAUGCGUCCCUGCCUGGCACCUGCAAGCUCUUCACCAUGGACACCGACGGUUCGUCCCGUUCUCUCGGCGCUGUCUACUCAGCAUCCACCGCCUCUGGGGAACAGGUGAGGCUCAACCUGCCAAGAGAAGAAGCGGCCACCUUGCAAGAUUUCCAGCAGUCUACUUAACCUUCUCGUUAAGAGCUUACUGAGUGAGACCGACCUCUGCACGGUUUACGAGCGUGACCAAUUUUUAAAAAGAAAUGUGAAUUUUGGACCAAUUUUAAAAAAGAACCCGUACGAGGGAAAUCAAAUGGGCAAGUGUGUUCUAACUGCUCUUACCGUAAUACCAAAUGGGCCUCGGACCGGUACAAAAUGGCUACCGGGCUGCGUUUUGUUUGAAAGGGGGUGCUCAACAUGUGUCUGUGUUGCUGCAAAUGUCAAAAAUUGUAAGUCAAAGGUUUGGAGUGACCUCAUUGACUUGAUGAUGUGCAUCCGCAGUGACAUUUGCCAUUUGAGUACCAUAAAAAUGAUAUUAAAGUCUCAGAAAUGAAUUGUAAUUAUUUGAAGGGCACACGGUAUAUUGUGCAAUGUUGCCGUCCGGUGUCUUUUGAUCUUAUCUGUGGUAAGCCCGCUGAAUUUUUAAUUCCUUGCUUCUAUUUUUUAAAAAAAAAGAUCUUAUGAGGACUCGCCUUAAUACCGACCGCAUUAAAUUUUGGGGCUGAUUUGAUGAUCUCAGACUUUUCGAGUAAGCCAAACGAUGUUGGCCUUGCUUAGACGUGGGAUGUCUCGUCGCUGCCCAGAGACUUUGCAAAACCCGAAUUGCUGUGAAAGCGACGUUGCCUUAGAUUGAACUACGAGAGGGCUACAUUACAGCAAAAGGGCACGCUGACCGUUUUGUUUCAGAAAGUCUUUGCUUGCACGCCAUGAAGUUUGCCCUCAUGUACGUAAAUAUGAUAAUCGAGCAUCAUUCGUCAUUUUUGCUAGGAUUGUGCAAGUGUGCCUAAUCAAAUUUCCAGAUGCAGUCUCGCCCUUGUACAUAGCAGCAUUCCCACAUUUAUGAACCACUAUUAGUGAUUCUAAUUAAAAGCUGCUGCCAGUGGUAACUAAUGUUCUUGCAUGUUCACCCAAGCAGCCUGUUUUUGUGAUCUAUACUUGCUCGUGUGUGUCUUUCAAUUUUGGAAACUCCUAAUAACAAGCUAUGUGUUUCAGUGGUUGUACGUUUGUAAAUAAAAAAAAUAUCUGAAGGCAUAUUCAUGAAAACGGAUUAAUUACAUGUUAAAUAAAACUAUUAUUGAAUAUCUAAA